AUGCCUCAUCAUGCGGUUCUACGACCAUCUAGCUCCAGCACCAAGCUCCGUGUGGUCUUCGAUGGAUCUGCAAAGGCCGCUCCAUCUGAUGUAGCUCUCAACCAAGCCCUUAUGGUGGGAGCGACUGUGCAGAACGAUAUUUUCGUCAUCCUCAUCCGAUUCCGGAAACAUGUCAUCGUCUUCACUGCCGACAUAUCCAAAAUGUAUCGGCAGAUCAAGGUGGUUCCAGCGCACUCGUGCUUCCAGCGAAUCUUCUGGCGUACUGAUCCAGCUCUUCCUCUUCGCGUAUUGGAAUUAACAACGGUGACGUAUGGGACAGCGUGUGCCCCAUUCCUCGCAACUAGAUGCCUGCUGCAGCUGAGCUACGAUGAAGCUAUGAGAUUCCCAAGGGCUGCCAAAAUCAUCCGAGAAGAUUGCUACGUCGACGACAUUCUGUCUGGAGCAAACAACGUAUCAGAAGCUCUCGAGUGUCAGAGCGAGCUUCUUGGCAUCCUGAAUUCCGCUGGGUUUCCUGUCCACAAAUGGAGCUCCAACUCACCAAGGCUGUUACAGCACAUCCCUGAAGCUGACCGAGAGGAGUUGGUAGAUCUGAGCGACGGUUGCGAAGGAGUACUGAAAACAUUAGGACUGACUUGGAGUCCGCAUCAAGAUGAAUUCGCAUUCGUUGUCAAUCAGGAUGCAGAAACGUCGAACUUUCCAACCAAACGAUCCAUCCUGUCUGAGAUAAGCAAGCUGUUUGACCCGAUCGGCCUGCUUUCACCAGUGAUUAUCAUCGCCAAGCUCAUUAUGCAGAAGAUUUGGUUGGCGGGACUCCCAUGGGACACCUACCUCGAAGGAGACUUGUUGCAGGAGUGGCUGCAAUUUCGGACAUCACUGAAAACCGUAAACCUUAUUCGGAUUCCCAGGUGCGUCGUGAUGCCGAACCACAUCGCUGUUGAACUUCAUGGAUUUUCGGAUGCAUCUAAGUUAGCCUACGGAGCAGCGUUGUAUGUGCGUUGUAUCUUCCCUGACGGAACUGCAAGCCUUCGAUUAGUUUGCAGCAAAUCCAAGGUUGCUCCUGUGAAACAAGUCACCAUUCCCCGAAUGGAGCUGCUGGGAGCUCAGCUUCUGGCGAAGUUGAUCUCCAAGGUCCUGGGAUCCUGCGACUACAACACCAGCAAUGUAGUCCUCUGGCUGGAUAGUCAGAUCGUUCUCGCAUGGUUGAAGAAACCGCUUACAUCCCUGCAAGUGUUCGUGCGGAACCGCAUCGAAAAAAUCCGUCAACUCACCGAACCGUUGAGAGUACAGUGGAGGUAUAUCUCAACAAAGCAGAAUCCAGCAGACAUUGUGUCCCGCGGUAUGCUGCCAGAGGCCUUACGGACAAACGAACUUUGGUGGUUGGGCCCAAAGUUCCUCCAAAGCGCGGAUUAUGAAGUAGAGAUUCCUGAUGAGUUACCUGAUGACGGCCUUCCGGAAUUGAGAGCGACACCCAUCGCUGCCACGCCGGCAGUAACCAAACCCAAUCUACCUGUCCUUUCAAAGUACAGCUCUUUUCGAAGACUCCAGCGAGUAAUCGCUCUAGUUCGACGCUUCAUCCUUAACUGUCGUGAGAAGGACGUUUCGAAGCGUGUCACCAACCGUUUUCCCACUGUUGUGGAACUUCGAGACGCCCAGGACAUCAUAGUCCAACUUAUUCAGCGUGAAACGCUAGCUGACGAAAUCCAACGAGUGGAAAGCAACGAAGCUUGUAAACGGAUUUACGCCCUGCACCCGAUAAUUGUCAACGGAGUCCUGCGUGUCGGCGGAAGAUUACAGCAUUCCGACCUCCCGCUGUCCAAUAAACAUCAGAUCCUGCUUCCAAGGCAUCCAGUUACCGAUCUCAUCAUACAGGCGUAUCAUCAAGAGCUUCUACACAUCGGACCAUCCGGAUUGCUUGCAGCCAUUCGUCAGAAGUUUUGGCUUCUUGAUGGACGAUCAUCUGUUCGAAAGAUAACAAGAUCCUGUGUCCGCUGCUUCCGAUCCAAGCCACGAAGUUCCAGCCAAUUAAUGGGCAACCUUCCUUCAUGCCGAGUAACUCAAGCGCAUCCAUUCGAGAAGGCUGGAGUUGAUUACGCCGGUCCAGUACUCGUCAAGGAGGGCCGGUAUCAACCUCGCCUUGUUAAGGCUUAUAUUGCCGUUUUCGUGUGCAUGGCAACGAAAUCAGUCCAUCUGGAAUUAGUCUCGGAUAUGUCGAGCGAGGCCUUCCUUGCAGCGUUCCAUCGGUUCACCAGUCGGCGAGGGCUAAGCAAGGAAAUCUUUUCGGACAACGGAUGCACCUUCAAGGGAGCCAAUUCGGAGCUACACGAGCUAUAUCAACUCUUCCGAAACCGAGCAACCAUUGAGCUACUUCAGGAAUACUGCCAGACGAAGGAAAUCGUAUGGCAUUUCAUUCCACCCGAAGCUCCAAAUUUUGGAGGACUUCGGGAAGCCGCUGUUAAGAGCACCAAGUAUCAUCUCAAGAGAACGCUGAAGGACGCCAAGCUAACCUUCGAAGAGUACGCUACGGUACUGACCCAAGUGGAGGCGAUCCUGAACUCACGACCGCUGUUCGCUAUUUCCUCUGAUCCUUCGGACCCAGAGGUCAUUACGCCGGGACACUUCCUGGUGGGUCGUCCUCUGAUUGCAACCCCAGAACCCAGCUACAACAAUGUACCGAUGAAUCGAUUGUCCCGAUGGCAAUACCUUCAACAGCUACGAGAGAAAUUCUGGCAACAAUGGAGGAAGGACUACCUGCAGGGCCUGCAGCCCCGCAGUAAAAAUCAACGGACACAUCCUAACAUCCGCCCUGGAAUGAUUGUGCUGGUUGAGGAGAGAGAUCUGCCAUCACAAUCCUGGAAGAUGGGCAGGAUCAUCACCACAUACCCUGGAUCAGACAAUCUUGUACGAGCCGUUGAUGUCAGGAUCGGGGGAACGAUUUAUCGUCGAGCUGUUUCCCGAAUUUCUAUCCUGCCUAUCGAAGACAACUGCAAUCAGGCUUGCAGUGCUUCAACGGAUUCUUCGCAGCCCGGGGGAGCAUGUUCGACACCAACACACGAGACACACGAGACACCGGGCGCGAGAGUGUGUGUAAAGGCUUUAGAAACCACACCUACUGCAUAGUCACACCACCGACGCGCACGAACAAUCCCGAACGCAGGAUGAACCCCGACCCGAACGCAGGAUGAACCCUGACCCGAACGCAGGAUGAACCCUGACCGAUUAUUAGUACGCAAAGUAAUCAUCGCGCGCGCAAUGAUGCGCCAACCUUUUUAAAUCCAGAGUUUUCUGGAUUUAUCUUCUGGAUGGAUAGAUCUUUCUAAAUCUUUCUGGAAGGAUCUAAAUAACCAUUUUGGCAACUAUAAAAGGGCGAUUAGAUCCUC